AGGGAGCAGCCGGAGGGGCUCCGGGCGCGGCGCCGCAGACCUGCUCCGGCUGCGCGUCUCGCCGCUGCCCUCCGGGAGUGGCGGCAAUAACCGGCGGCAGCCAGGGGACUCGCAGCUCCUCGGGGGAGCGAGGCGGCGGGCGCGCCUCCCCUCUGCGCCCACCACCCCAACCUGUUCCCGCGCGCAGCUGCGCUGCCCCGCGGGACUCGCUGCCCAGACAUGGAUUUUCUCCUGGCGCUGGUGCUGCUGUCCUCGCUCUACCUGCAGGCGGCUGCCGAGUUCGACGGGAGGUGGCCCAGGCAAAUAGUGUCAUCGAUUGGCCUGUGUCGUUAUGGUGGGAGGAUUGACUGCUGCUGGGGCUGGGCUCGCCAGUCCUGGGGACAGUGUCAGCCUUUCUACGUCUUAAGGCAGAGAAUAGCCAGGAUAAGGUGCCAGCUCAAAGCUAUAUGCCAGCCACGGUGCAAACAUGGUGAAUGUAUUGGGCCAAAUAAGUGCAAAUGUCACCCUGGAUAUGCUGGGAAAACCUGCAAUCAAGAUCUGAAUGAGUGUGGCCUGAAGCCCCGGCCCUGUAAGCACAGGUGCAUGAACACUUACGGCAGCUACAAGUGCUACUGUUCAGCCACUCUCUUUGCAGGUGCCCUGAGCUGCUCCAUGGCAAACUGUCAGUAUGGCUGUGAUGUUGUCAAGGGACAGAUACGGUGCCAGUGCCCCUCUCCUGGCCUGCAGCUGGCCCCGGAUGGGAGGACCUGUGUGGAUGUUGAUGAAUGUGCUACUGGAAGAGCCGCCUGCCCUAGAUUUAGGCAGUGUGUCAACACCUUCGGGAGUUACAUCUGCAAGUGCCAUAAAGGCUUUGACCUCAUGUACAUUGGCGGCAAAUACCAAUGUCAUGACAUAGACGAAUGCUCCCUUGGUCAGUAUCAGUGCAGCAGCUUUGCUCGAUGUUACAACGUGCACGGGUCCUACAAGUGUAAAUGUAAAGAUGGAUACCAGGGUGAUGGCCUGAGAUGCGUGUAUAUUCCAAAAGUUAUGAUUGAACCUUCAGGUCCAAUUCAUGUACCAAAGGGAAAUGGUACCAUUUUAAAGGGUGAUGGAGGACAUAGUAAUUGGAUUCCUGACAUCGGAGGUACUAGAUGGCCACUGAAGACACCGUAUAUUCCUCCUGUGAUUACCAGCAGACCCACUUCUACACUGACAGCAAGACCCACACCAAAGCCAACACCAUGGCCCACUCCACCACCACCCCCUCCUCCUCCAACAGAGCUCAGAACCCCUCCGCCACCAACAACCCCAGAAAGGCCAACCACCAGACUGACAACUGUAGCACCAGCUGCCAGUACGACUCCAAGAGGGAUUACAGUUGACAACAGAAUACAGACAGAUCCUCAGAAACCCAGAGGAGAUGUGUUCAUUCCUCGGCAGCCUUCAAAUGAUUUAUUUGAAAUAUUUGAAAUAGAAAGAGGAGUCAGUGCCGAUGAGGAAGCAAAGGAUGAUCCAGGUGUUCUGGUACACAGUUGUAAUUUUGACAAUGGACUUUGUGGAUGGAUCAGGGAAAAAGAAAAUGACUUACACUGGGAGCCGGUCAGGGACCCAGCAGGUGGACAGUAUCUGACAGUAUCGGCAGCCAAAGCCCCCGGGGGAAAAGCCGCUCGCUUGGUGCUACCCCUCGGCCACCUCAUGCAUUCAGGGGACCUGUGCCUGUCCUUCAGGCACAAGGUGACUGGGCUGCACUCUGGCACACUCCAGGUGUUUGUGAGAAAACACGGUGCCCAUGGAGCAGCCCUGUGGGGAAGAAAUGGUGGCCAUGGCUGGAGGCAGACCCAGAUCACCUUGCGAGGGGCUGACGUCAAGAGCGUCAUCUUCAAAGGUGAAAAAAGGCGUGGUCACACUGGGGAGAUUGGAUUGGAUGAUGUGAGCUUGAAAAAAGGCCACUGCUCUGAAGAACGCUAACAACUCCAGAACUAGCAGUGAACUCCUCUGUUGCUCCCUCUUCUUUUUCCAAUCCUCAUCUUCUCUCCUCUUCUCCUACUUAUCAGGCCUAGGAGAAGAGUGGGUCAGUGGUCAGGAGGAAGUCUGGUUGGUGACCCAGGUCUUGCUGGCCUGCUUUCGUGCAAUCCCAGUGAACAGUGACACCUCCUAGAAGCAUGGGGGCAUCUGCAGAUACAUCCAGGCCGUCGCUAGAUGUGGCCUUCCAUCCGUGUCUCUGUGGAAGGCCUUUAGCAUUUGUGUCCCCUACCAUCCUUCACCCUGGUUACAAGGUGCUCCUUGUAGCAAGUAUGGGAGCAAAUUAAAUUCUGGGAGAAGUUUUCAAAAGAAAUCUGUACAAAUGGCCAUUAUGUUAUUGUUCACAGUUCCCUGAGAUACAGUGUACCAUGUGCUUGUGAAAUUGGUGUAUCCUCUUCACAUGAGGUAGUUCUGGCCUGACCUGAACUCUUUUACUGCCAUUCACUUUAUAAAAUAAGGGUGUGUACCAUAUCGAGAUGCAUUUAUUGUUAUCUGUAUUUUUCUUUUAAAGACAAUUAUGUAGAGUGGGCACGUAAUCCCUCGUUAGUGCUGUUGUGUUUCGUGUAAAUGUGCUAUUGAUAUGAUACUAAGUAUUUACGUGUUCCUAGUAUCUACAGACUCUAGUUGCAAGGUAAAGGGCAACUUGUGAUCUCUUGAGUUAACAAAUACAUGGUGAAGUGUCCUGUGGUUCCAUGACCUUAACAUUGGCAGCAACAGAAAAUGGGCAGAGAUGUCAGGUUGUGGUAGUGGAGUGACGAAUUUUUUUUUUUAAUAGUUUUGAGUUUGAUCCCUGUGAAGGAUAGUAAACCAUUGUGGGAGAUAAGAAACUGUAGUUAAUAUGUAAAACUUUCACUGUUUCAAGUUACCCAUGUAAGCCAACAGCUUUUACCAUCAUAACAAGGCUCUCUCUGGUAAUCUGUAAGCUUUGUAAAAGUUUUGGUUGUUUUGGAGAAAGGAUCCUGUUUAAGGAAGCAGAGUGAGAAGAAGCAUGAGAGAAAUUCCCCUGGACCAGGUGCAGCUCAUCACUUAGGGGCUGUGUCAGGAGGGGAGGACCAAGUCCCGCGCUUGGAGGGAGGCAGCGCCAAGGGAGGAGGACAGCUAAGAUCCAUGACCCCCCAACUAUGUUUCCUCUCCCUGUGUUUUACCUUUAUAUUUCAAAAUAAUGAAACUUGUAAAAGGCAACUUACGCCUGAGGUUUUCUUAAUUUCUGAUUAAGUAACUGAAAUAUUUUCUGUUUUUGCCAGGAAUCACAAAGAUGAUUAAAGGGUUGGAAAAAAAGAUCUAUGAUGAAAAAUUAAAGGAACUGGGAUUAUUCAGCCUGGAGAAGAGAAGACUGAGGGGUAAACCAUUGAUGGUUUUCAAGUCUAUGAAAGGUUGGCACAGAGAGGGCCACAACCAGCUAUUCUCCAUAUGUGCUAAGAAUAGGACUAGAGGAAACAGGCUUAGACUAGAGUUGGAGGAAUCAUUCUUGGGCAGGGACUCUUGUUAAAUUACCAUCUUUUAUGAAAAAGAAAUGUGAAAAUCUUAAUCGCCUCUCAGCCCCUAUUCUUUCAGCUUUUUAAAAAUUAGAUAAAAAGAUAUGUCUACUUAAGAUGGUGAACGAUGUCCUUACCUCAAGGUAAAGCAACAGAUUGCAGAAUCUCUCAAAAGAUAUUUUGACCCUAUUACUGGUAUGUAAUGAAAAUCUUGAGAACUAAGGAAUCUGGACGAGGCUCUAAUUUAAGUCUUUCCCUCUUGACCUCUGAAUGAAGAGGAAAGAGCCUACCAAAUGCCCAGCUCACUAAAAUGUCUUUCCUUUUAUGGAAAAUUGAGUAGUAUUUAAGCCAAAAGGAAAAAAAAAAAAGCAGUUAUUCCACAAGAAAAAUAGGACAGACGGAUAUUUUAGUAGCUCUGUAAUGUCCCAAAGUGGUAGUGUUUUAAAAUUGUUUUUCUUGGUAAAAGUACAAACCUUUAACUUACUCAAUAUGAUGUUUCGUAUUUUCUAAAGACACCCUACCAGGAUCACAGUUCAAAGCUAUUUUUAUCUGGUGCUUCCUCUCUGCUUUGUGUGUGACUAGCAAACUUGGCUACUGGAAAUGAGCGCCCUGCCCAGCACCACUCGACCUGUCCUUCACCAAGUCAGUAUCACUCAGUUUCUCUUAUCAAUUGGAAUCUCCCAAGUUCCACAAAAUACUUGUUUUUUGAACUGUAGGUACUACAGAAGGUCUUUUAUUGUUUAACGUGGUAAAGGCAGGGCUGGAGGCAGAAUAUAAAUCAUUAAGCCUUUGAGUAGAGGCAGAAAAUACAGCCUUACAUCCAUUUUUAGUGAUUCAUUUCCUUUUUGGUCAUACAACUGCACAGCUGAAGAUGAAAGGGGAAAAUAAUUGAACAUUUUACUUUUAGGUGCCAAUAAUAUAAUAUUGCACUAAACUGAUGGCAGAAGUUAUCCAAAGUACUGUAUAACAUCAUGUUUAUUAUUUAAUGUUUUCUAAAGUGAAAAAUGUUAGUGGUUUCCAAAUGGCCAAAUAAAAACAAUUCUUUGGGAAUAAAAGCGCUGUUA